AUGGGUGGAAACGACUACGUUCCCCAGAAGUCUGCGCGUCCUACGUCUGCGUUUGUCGUUCGGCCAAUGAUGGCGAAAUACAGAAACGUCAUUUGCGUGUCAGCUCCUUUGUGGGAGCCGUGGCCCCCUCCGUUAACGGGUGUCUCCUCGGUCAUUGGGUUCCCUGUUGCCGCCGCACCUGUCUACCAUUUCUGCAGCCUGGGAGGCGACCCCUGGCUCUGUCUGCCCCCUUCACACGAGUCCGCCGAGGCCACCUUGCCCGGGCAGCGGACUCCGCUGAGCUUCGGGAACCUCCAGAAUCGCUUUGUCCACUGGGUCCACGAUGGGCGCGCGGCGGGUCCUGACGCAGGAGCCAGUACAAGACUUGAGCUCACAGAGCCAACUACUCCUGAGCCAGGCUUGUUUAAUGGGGCUUCAGUCCGGGGACAAGUAACCCAAGAAGCCUCCAGGGACUCCCAGCUGGGUGAGACGGGUCAACAGGGGCCACCAGAACCACAGAACCUACACAUGAGACCAGGGAUGGACACCCAGAAGGAUCAGUGCCCUGGGAAAAUGAGCCCUGAACACGAAUGUGUGGAUGUGGGUGAUGGCGCAUGCUCAAAGAUUCUCCAGGAAGAAGUUUCUCCAGAAGCUGUUCUCCCUGACGGAGACAUCAUGGCUCACAAAGACAGAAAUCCCUGUGUUUGCAAGGACUGCGGGAAAGCGUUUAACAGGAGACACCUCCUGCUUCAACAUGCGCAGGUUCACUCUGGAGUCAAGCCCUACGCGUGCACAGAGUGUGGGAAAACCUUUAGCAAGAACACAAACCUCCUUCAACACCACGUCAUCCACACUGGGGAGAGGCCUUAUGCAUGCACACAGUGCGGGAAGGCCUUCAGCCUGAGGUCUCACCUUGCACGGCACCAGCAGUUUCACACCGGGGAGAAGGCUUACGAGUGCACACAGUGUGGGAAGGCCUUCAGCCACAGAUCACACUUUGCACAGCAUCAGCGGAUUCACACUGGGGAGAGGCCCUACGCGUGCACAGACUGUGGGAAGGCCUUCAGCCGCAAUUCAUACCUUACACGGCACCAGUGUCUUCACACUGAGGAGAAGGCCAAUCAGUGCAGUGAGUGUGGGAAGGCCUUCAGCCGCAGGUCACACCUUGCCCGGCACCAGCGGAUCCACACUGAGGAGAAGCCCUAUGCCUGCACAGACUGUGGGAAGGCCUUCACCCAAAGUGCACACCUCGCACAGCACCUGAGGAUCCACACCGGGGAGAAGCCCUAUGAGUGCAGUGAGUGUGGGAAGACCUUUGCCCACCUCUCCACUUUUGUCUUGCACAAGAGGAGCCACACAGGAGAAAAACCUUUUGAGUGCAAGGAGUGUGGGAAAGCCUUUCGUGACCGGCCGGCCUUCAUCCGACACUACAGCAUCCACACCGGAGAGAAGCCGUAUGAGUGUGUUGAGUGUGGGAAAGCCUUCAACCGCAAGUCCCACCUCACUCAGCACCAAAGGACCCAUCCUGGGAGAGGCGCUGUCGGUGUGACGGACGUGGGGAGACCUUUCACGAUUUCCAAGGGAGGCACAAGGGCGGCUGCAGACUUGCCUGGUUUCUCCUACUCUGCCUACUGUCUGGAGGCGGGUCAGAGGCGGGACUCAGGGCAUCCUGCCCACUGA